AAAAAGAUGGAGCUAUUAUAUAUAAAAAGCCAUUGUGAAACCAAAGAAGAGAAAUAGAUUUUUUGCUGGAAACAGAAAAAGACGAAAGUAGCCUCAAAAGAAUUGAAUCACAGAAAACUCGCCACGAAAAUUAUCCCCCCUGCAACUUGCACUUUCCUCUUCUUCUAUCUACUUCCCUUAUUAUCCGAGAGAGAGACAAGAAGAAAGAAACUCAACACCCAGAAACUAAAGAGAAAGAGAGAGAGAUAAAUACUAAAUCUUGAUGGGGAAGAAGUGUGAUUUAUGCGACGGUGUCGCAAGAAUGUAUUGCGAGUCAGAUCAGGCGAGUCUAUGCUGGGACUGCGACGGUAAGGUUCACGGCGCUAAUUUCCUCGUCGCUAAGCACACGCGAUGUCUUCUCUGCAGCUCCUGUCAGUCACCUACGCCGUGGAAAGCCACGGGGCUUCGUCUCGGCCCAACCUUCUCCGUCUGCGACUCGUGCGUCGCUCUUAAAACCUCUUCCGGCGGCGGCGGUGUGAGCACUGGCCGGAUUUCGACGGGUAAUCCUGGCCAGGAAAUGAAUGGUUUCGAUCACGAAGAGAAUCGGCUCAGAGAAGAUGACGGUGAUGGCGCGGAAUCUUACGAUGAUGACGAGGAUGAAGAUGAGGAUGAGGAGUACAGUGAUGAAGAUGAGGAUGAUGAUGAUGAUGAUGAUGACGUUGACGACGAGGAAGCGGAGAAUCAAGUGGUACCGUGGGCCGCGGCGGCGCAUCCUCCUCCGGUGAUGAGUUCUUCAUCUUCUGGCGGAGAUCUGGCGGCGAAGAGGACAAGGGACUGCUUCGAUGACGAGAUCGGAUACUCUUCAGCUCAAGAGUCAAACUAUUCUCGGCCGUUGAAGCGACCAUCAAGAGACGAACCCGCGUUUAGUUCAACGGCUGUGGUUAACUCGAUCAUCAGAUUAGAAGGAGAGAGAACAUCGAACGGCGCCGUUGAUUCAUCUCCUUCAUCGUCUUCUCUGAUCUUUGCGAUCGCCAAAAUGAGAAGAGAUCUCAACCGUUGAUUCGUCUUUCCCUUAAGUAAAUCACAACUGUCCAUUUCUAACAAUACUUUGUUUUAGUGUUGAGGUAGUAAAGUAAGUUCUUUGUUCCUCUAUGUCGUACAAAAUCGAUUUUAAAUGUUGUAUUUUGACCUAUUAGUAUCAUUGUUAUGUUAAUUUUUUUGUUGAAGUAAAUGAAUUUGGAUUCGUAUGUAUUGAAAUGCUUAUUAGAUCCGAAUUUCGUAGUCUGAUUACACACGUU